AUGUCUUCAACUAGAACCGAGGAAACUUCUACCAAUGUUGAAAAUGCUAUUUCUCGCUCAGUGUUUGUGCCUAAUUUAUCUGGAAAUCCAGUUAUUACCUCUGAAAAAUUGUGUGGGUCACAAAACUACCACUCUUGGUCGGAUGCCGUUGAAAUGUGGUUUAUGGGCCAGGGUGUUAUUGACCACUUGGAACAUGGGGUAGAAACUGAGGUACCAGAAAAUGAGAAGGCAAUUUGGAAAAGGGUGGAUGCACAACUUUGUAGUCUUCUAUGGCAAUCCCUUUCACCUGAGUUAAUUCAACUAUUUAGAGUUUUUAAAACAUGUGUUGAGGUAUGGAGUCAAGCCAAAUCCUUGUACACUAAUGAUAUUUCACAAUGUUACACAGUUGUUGAUAAUUUGGUUAAUUUAAAGAAGGAUGGUAUGAGUAUGGAAGCCUUUCUUGGGAAAACUCAAAGUUUAUUAACUGAGUUUAAUAAGCUUUUACCUGUUGGAGGGACACCUGAUGAACAGGUUGCCCAACGUGAAAAGUUUUUUGUUGUUCUGGUUUUGACUAAAUUAGGCCCCGAGUUUGAGAAUACUCGAAACCAGAUUCUUGGGGAUAAAGGUGUGCCAGGGGUCCAAGAGUUGUUCAAACGCCUUCUUCAAGUGGCCUCUUUUCCUGGUGAAACUUCUACAUCCACUACAGAACAAUCUGCUCUUGUGAUCCAAGGAAGUCGUGGUAAUAAUCUGGGCAAUCGGAAUAAAGACCGUAGUGGGCAGAAAAAUGCUAGAUACUGUGAUUACUGCAAUAGAUCUGGACACACACGGGACCGAUGUUGGAAACUGCACGGGAAACCGUUGCCUGCUCCUACAAAUGUGGCUCAACUCAAAUUAGAAGAAUCAAGUUCUAAAAAUGUCUCUCUUGCAGAAUAUGAAGAGCUUGCACGGUUUAAGGCUAAUGCCCAAGCUACUGUUUUCACUCCUUUGGCUCAUACGGGAGAGACUCAUGCUGCCCUUGUUUCUCAAUCUGGACCUCUCGGACCAUGGGUCCUUGAUUCAGGUGCCUCCGAACAUAUAUGUGGUAAUUCUUCCUUAUUGACCCAUCUCACAAACUCUAAGUCUCUUCCGUCCAUUGUGUUUGGUAAUGGAUCCAUAUGUUCUGCUAAAGGAGUUGGUAAAGCAAGACCUCUUCCUGAUUUACCCUUGUCAUCAGUCUUGCAUAUACCUACUUGUCCUUUUAAUUUGAUUUCCAUUCGUCAACUUACUCGUUCUCUUGAUUGUCUUGUCACUUUUUAUCCUGAUUCGGUUGUUAUACAGGACCGCCGUUCGGGGAAGACGAUUGGCUCGGGGUAUGAAUCAAAAGGGUUAUACCGUCUAUCCACUCCUGCUUCCGCUGUCUGUAGUGCUACUAUUUCUCCUUCCCUUACUCAUUGUCGUCUAGGUCAUCCAAGUUUGAAGAAACUACAACAACUUGAACCGAGUCUCUCAAAGCUGUCUUCACUAGAGUGUGAAUCUUGUCAAUUUGGGAAACAUUCAAGAACCUCCUUUCCUGAACGGAAAUUUCAUAAUGAAAUCAAGAAUCAAUUUGGAGUCUCUAUUAAAAUUCUUCGAAGUGAUAAUGCCAGUGAAUAUUUCAAUACUCCUUUGUCUACCUUCCUUGACUCUGAAGGUAUUCUCCAUGAGUCUUCUUGUCCAGAUACUCCACAACAGAAUGGUGUGUCUGAACGAAAGAAUAGGCAUCUAGUGGAAACCGCUCGGACUAUGCUCCUUCACUAUAAGGUUCCCUCGUAUUUUUGGGGAGAUGCUAUCCUCCAUUCAUGUUACCUUAUUAACCAUAUGCCAUCGUCUGUUCUACAUGGCAAAAUACCUUAUAACAUAUUGUUUCCUCAAGAGCCAUUACACAAGUUUCCGCUGAGGGUUUUUGGUUGCACUUGCUUUGUUCGGGAUAUUACUCCUGGUCGUGAUAAACUGUCACCCAAGUCCUUGAAAUGUAUUUUUGUGGGUUUAUCAUCUGUUUCUGUUCCUAAUUCGGUUAGGGAAGCUCUUUCCCAUCCUGGUUGGCAGCAAGCUAUGGUAGAUGAAAUGGUUGCUUUGUAA